AUGUCAUCCUUGGCAGGCAGAAAGAAACCCCCCCUAAUGCGUCUCUCGAGCACUGUACCCCCAACCCACCCCUGGCUCGCAUGCUUAAAUCAGCACACCGCCAGCGCACGCGCGCGCAACGGGCGUCCAAUCGUCCGGCAUGAAGGGCGUUCUCUGGCUGAGCGCAUUGCAACAGAGCUGACGUUGCAUCCACAGUCACAGACGCAGUCGCAGUUGCAAUCACUGGCUGCUGUGGACAGUGCUGCAAAAAGGUGUCAUCAGUAUUUCAAAUCACAGUACUAA